CCCGGCGCAGCCGGGCGCAGCGGGCCGCGAUGCAGCAGCAGCAGGAGUCGCCCCGGGCCAGCAGCGGCAGCAGCAGCAGAGGCAGCAGCGGGCGGCGCUGAGCCGCCGCGGCCGCCGCUACUAAGGAAGAAGCCGGCCCAGACGCCGCCGCGUCCCUAUCCCUGCGCCCACAUCCCGGUUCCCCGAUUCCCGCGCCCGGGUCCCGGCGCCCCGACCCCCGCGUCCGCCUCCGCUAACUUUCACGCUGCCUCGGCGGCCAGGCCCGGCUCGACGCCAAUGGUGGAGGCCAUAGUGGAGUUUGACUACCAGGCCCAGCACGACGAUGAGCUGACGAUCACCGUGGGUGAGAUCAUCACCAACAUCAGGAAGGAGGAUGGAGGCUGGUGGGAGGGACAGAUCAAUGGCAGGAGAGGUUUGUUCCCUGACAACUUUGUAAGAGAAAUAAAGAAAGAGAUGAAGAAAGACCCUCUCUCCAGCAAAGCUCCAGAAAAGCCCAUGCACGAAGUGUCCAGUGGAAAUGCGUUGCUGUCUUCUGAAACAAUUCUAAGAACCAACAGGAGAGGCGAGCGACGGAGGCGCCGGUGCCAGGUGGCGUUCAGCUACCUGCCCCAGAACGAUGAUGAGCUUGAGCUGAAAGUUGGCGACAUCAUAGAGGUGGUAGGAGAGGUAGAAGAAGGAUGGUGGGAAGGUGUUCUCAAUGGAAAGACUGGAAUGUUUCCUUCCAACUUCAUCAAGGAGCUGUCAGGGGAGUCGGACGACCUCGGCAUUUCCCAGGAUGAGCAGCUCUCCAAGUCAAGAAAGACUACCUUUGAAGGGACAAUUCUGUACCGAGCUGCACCGGGAAAGACGGAGGGCCACAGACGCUAUUACAGUUUAAGGGAAACCACAGGCUCCGAGAGUGAUGGGGGUGACUCGAGCAGUACCAAAUCCGAGGGUGCCAACGGGACAGUCGCAACGGCCGCAAUCCAGCCGAAGAAAGUUAAGGGAGUGGGCUUUGGAGAUAUUUUCAAAGACAAGCCAAUAAAGCUAAGACCAAGGUCGAUUGAAGUAGAAAAUGACUUUCUGCCUGUGGAAAAGACUAUUGGCAAGAAGUUACCUCCGACUGCAGCAACUCCAGACUCGUCAAAAACAGAAAUGGACAGCAGGACAAAGGCCAAGGAUUACUGCAAAGUAAUAUUUCCAUAUGAGGCACAGAACGACGAUGAAUUGACAAUCAAAGAAGGAGAUAUAGUCACUCUCAUCAAUAAGGACUGCAUCGACGUAGGCUGGUGGGAAGGAGAGCUCAAUGGCAGACGCGGAGUGUUCCCCGACAACUUCGUGAAGUUACUUCCUCCGGACUUUGAAAAGGAGGGGAAUAGACCCAAGAAGCCACCUCCUCCAUCGGCUCCCGUCAUCAAGCAAGGGGCAGGUACCACUGAAAGAAAACAUGAAAUUAAAAAGAUACCUCCUGAAAGGCCAGAAACGCUUCCAAAUAGAACAGAAGAAAAAGAAAGACCAGAGAGAGAGCCAAAACUGGAUUUACAGAAGCCUUCUGUUCCUGCCAUACCGCCCAAAAAGCCGCGGCCACCCAAGACCAAUUCUCUCAGCAGACCAGGUGCGCUGCCCCCGAGGAGGCCGGAGCGACCAGCGGGUCCCCUGACCCAUACCAGGGGUGACGGUCCAAAGAUCGACUUGGCGGGCAGUUCGAUCUCCGGCAUCCUGGACAAGGACCUCUCGGACCGCAGCAAUGACAUCGACCUAGAAGGGUUUGAUUCCGUGGUGUCAUCUACUGAGAAACUCAGUCACCCAACCACAAGCAGACCGAAAGCCACGGGGAGGAGGCCUCCGUCCCAGUCCCUGACGUCCUCUUCCCUUUCAAGCCCUGAUAUCUUUGACUCCCCAAGUCCUGAAGAAGAUAAAGAAGAACACGUUUCGCUUGCACACAGAGGAGUGGACGCAUCAAAGAAAACUUCAAAGACUGUUACCAUAUCCCAAGUGUCCGACAACAAAGCCUCGCUGCCGCCCAAGCCGGGGACCAUGGCUGCGGGCAGUGGCGGGCCGGCGCCUCUGUCCUCAGCAGCAUCCUCUCCCCUGUCGUCCUCUCUGGGAGCAGUUGGACACAGAGCCAACUCCCCGUCUCUGUUCGGCGCGGAAGGAAAACCAAAGAUGGAGCCUCCAGCCAGCAGCCAGGCGGCCGUGGAGGAGCUGAGGACACAGGUCCGGGAGCUGAGGGGCAUCGUCGAGACCAUGAAGGACCAGCAGAAACGAGAGAUUAAGCAGUUACUGUCAGAGUUGGAUGAAGAGAAGAAAAUCCGGCUUCGGUUGCAGAUGGAAGUUAAUGACAUAAAGAAAGCUCUUCAAUCAAAAUGAAUACUUGAUAAAUGAAAUGUCGCAUUAUUCAUCCCAAGUCCAAGACUCAAAUUUUCCGCCCCAGCCAAAAUAACCUUGUGCCAAAAGAUGAAAAAUUGCCUCAACAUGUCCCUGUUUGAAAGAUUAGCACAAAAGUCUUGAUAGCACAACACAAAUUCCAUCCAAGAGGAGACUCUUCCCCAUGGUAUAGUCCUGGGUCUGGCACUGGUUGUGACUUAAACAGAGAAAAUUGUGCUAAAGGCUUUUUUACUAUGAGAUCUCACGUGAAACGAAAACUCAGGCAGUUUAGUCCAUAGUGGUACUAUUUUGAUGAUAUUUUCCAUUAAUAAAAUGUAAUUUUAGAGUCUUCGUUUACAAGCUUUAUAAUUUUAUGAUUUUUUUAAUCGUGUUUUGCCACAGAUUCCCCCAGUGUUUGUAUUACACAUAGUCCAGAGCGAGCAUCCCAUUCUUUUGCUUUAGGCGGAAAGCUGCCUCGCUCUGUGUCCCCCUCAAGGAGUCUAUUACAUAUGCAAUUUUAGGUCCAACUUGUCCCUCCUCCUGCCAGCAAACCCCACCACCCUAAGAUAAAUUUUAGCUUAUAUAUGAUGGUAUAUUUACAAAAAGAGAAAGAGAAAAUCUGGUAUUUGCAAUGAUCUGUGCCUUCUUUUUACCACCCUCUUGAUUGGAGCUUUUGUGAUGCAGCUACCAUGAUUUAAAAAACACACACACGCAUUUAUUUUUUUUAGUCACUUAUCAAAGUCUACUAGAGGCCACUGUCUUCAAAGCUUCUCUCGCCUAACCAAAGGUCCUAAGAGGAGACAGCUGUGAAGUUGGGCGUGCUCUUUGGUACCAGCUGUGACUUUUAAGUUCUCCUAGUUUUAGGUUGUUCAUGAACUAGAAAUGUCACCCCUGCUUGAUUUUUCAUCAGCCAAGUUAAACCCCUGCUUCCUGUCCUUUGCACCUUUUGAGUGAACGGAAUAUGCAUUAUUAAAGCAAAAAUAAAUAAAAGUAAAAUGCAAAUGAAAACAAA